GCACCCGUCCGCCCCCGGGCCCCGGCCGCUGGGGGACCAUGGAGUUUGCGGAGCUGAUCAAGACGCCUCGGGUGGACAGUGUGGUGCUGCACCGGCCUUUCUACCCAGCCGUCGAGGGGACCCUGUGCCUGACUGGCCACCACCUGAUCCUGUCCUCACGCCAGGACAGCACGGAGGAGCUGUGGCUUCUCCAUUCAAACAUCGACGCCAUCGAUAAGCGAUUUGUGGGAUCGCUGGGCACAAUCAUCAUAAAAUGUAAAGAUUUUCGAAUUAUUCAGUUGGAUAUUCCUGGAAUGGAGGAAUGUUUAAAUAUAGCCAGUUCUAUUGAGGCACUGUCUACCCUGGACUCCAUCACUCUGAUGUACCCCUUCUUCUACCGGCCAAUGUUCGAGGUGAUAGAAGAUGGCUGGCAUUCCUUCCUCCCCGAGCAAGAGUUUGAGCUCUACUCUUCCGCUACCAGUGAAUGGAGGCUAAGCUAUAUCAAUAAGGAAUUUGCUGUCUGUCCUUCGUACCCACCAAUUGUCAUCGUGCCCAAAUCCAUCGAUGAUGAAGCUCUUCGGAAAGUAGCUUCAUUUCGGCAUGGAGGGCGCUUCCCAGUGCUAAGCUAUUAUUACAAAAAAAAUGGAAUGGUAAUUAUGCGGAGCGGCCAGCCACUCACUGGUACAAAUGGGAGAAGGUGCAAGGAAGACGAGAAGUUGAUAAAUGCUACCCUCAGGGCAGGCAAGCGUGGCUACAUCAUUGAUACCAGGUCUCUAAACGUGGCCCAGCAAGCUAGAGCCAAAGGAGGCGGCUUUGAGCAGGAAGCUCAUUACCCCCAGUGGCGGAGGAUUCACAAAUCCAUCGAGAGAUACCACGUUCUUCAGGAGAGCUUAAUCAAACUCGUGGAAGCCUGUAACGACCAAACGCAUAACAUGGACCGCUGGCUCAGUAAGCUGGAGGCCUCCAACUGGCUGACCCACGUCAAAGAGAUCCUGACGACCGCCUGCCUGGCAGCGCAGUGUAUCGACAGGGAAGGUGCAUCCAUACUGAUCCAUGGGACGGAAGGAACAGACUCCACUCUGCAGGUGACCUCCCUGGCCCAGAUCAUCUUGGACCCAAGGAGCAGAACCAUCCGGGGCUUUGAGGCCCUGGUGGAGAGAGAGUGGCUCCAGGCCGGUCACCCGUUCCAGCAGCGCUGUGCGCAGUCAGCCUACUGCAGCAGCAAGCAGAAGUGGGAGGCGCCUGUGUUUCUUCUCUUCUUGGACUGUGUGUGGCAGAUACUCCGUCAGUUCCCGUGCUCCUUUGAGUUUAAUGAGCGUUUCCUCAUCGUGCUCUUUGAGCACGCUUGUGCCUCCCAGUUUGGAACUUUUCUGGGCAACAAUGAAGGUGAAAGGUGCAAGCUGAAGCUGCAGCAGAAGACGAUGUCAUUGUGGUCCUGGGUCAACCGGCCCAGCGAGCUGAGUCAGUUCACCAACCCGCUGUUCGAGGCCAACAACCUGGUCAUCUGGCCUUCGGUGGCCCCGCAGAGCCUGCAGCUGUGGGAAGGAAUUUUCCUGCGGUGGAACAGAUCCUCGAAGUAUCAGGAUGAAGCAUAUGAGGAGAUGGUGAACAUCAUCGAGUAUAACAAGGAGUUGCAAGCCAAGGUCAACGUCCUGCGGAGGCAGCUGGCUGAGCUGGAGACAGAGGACAGGCCGCGGCAAAGCCCCUGAGCGCAGCGCCCAGCCUUGUGGAAGCCCGGAACUUCCGGCUUCCCUUGGGGCCCUCUGAUGUCAGGCAGGGCUUUCUCCAUACCGUGGGACAGAACUCACUGCAGCCGCAUCUGUUUCAUGUGGCCCGCUGGGCCCUUUGCUUUAAGAGCAGGACGGAGGUGCUAGUCAUCAUUUACUUUUACGUGCGAUCUGUGACCUAGUGAAUGCUCCUUGUCACAGGCCAUUUCACCGAGCUUCCUCCGCGGCCGCUCUCCACGCCGUGCUCCAGCCCAAUACAGGACACAAGACUCUCUUUAGGCAAUGGUUGGUUAAGAAAGGUCAGGCUUGUGUGCACUCAGUGUAGAAAUGUCUUUCAAAGCUAAGAUGGUGGAUAAACCCAGACCUUUGUGUUUAACAUGCAUUUCCAUUAUCUUUUUUAAGAUAUAACCAUCUCUUUAAAACGGUUUUGGGAUGAUGAACAAAGCUGAAUUCAUUCUCAUUCUUGUUUAUGAAGAAGGGGGAACUGGAACACUUAAGGUAAAUUCCUUCUACAAGGGCAACUGGUAUGGCUCUCUGAUACAAGAGUUAACAUUUCUAUUUGGAGAAAACACUAAAAGUAUGUGCAAUAUAGAAUCGGGGGAUUUGUUACUGGUAGAGAACUGUUACUGUUGAAUUGGUUUUUCAGUUUGGGGCCAUACAUAUAAACUAUGUGUCAAGUGUAAAAUGAAACUGUCACUUAAAAUAGGGUUGUUACAAUUAAGCUACAAAUAUGGUUCCCUUAAACCAGAGCUGCACUACCCUCCUGAGUUCUUCCUGAAUUGGUUUGUAAGUAUGUGUGUGUGUAUUUUACUUGAUUUUUAAGUGUUCUAAGAGUUUACUGAUACUAAGGUUAAGACUUUCAUGUUGGCUUGAGCAACUUGCAAAUUUGUCUCAGUGGCUGAUUUGUCCGUUACUGUUAGGAAAAUAUGAUUUAGCAGGGGAAGAUUAUGAAUACCUUGCAGCUCUGUUUAAAACUGCAGAGUCCUGGAAGCAUCUCAGUACCAAGCAACAGCAGCCGUGUGUGUGAUCUGCUGGUCUAUGUAUUCCUGCAGCAUUUAGUACAGGUUCAGUGCUCCUUCUUGAGGUAAAAAUUUAAAAAAAAUUUUUUUUUGUUUUUGGUGUUUUGGGUUUUAUUUUUUUUGGUACCAG